AUGGCUUCUUCUUCUUCAUCAGCGUCCUCUCCCAUCCCACAGAUCUGGCGAAGCAUCUCCUCGUCAGGAAACCUCCGGCGCAAACGAGGUACUGCCUCUUGUACGGUCACAGGCACCAGCACCAGCACCAGCACCAACACCAACACGUUGUCGAACGCUGCUGGAGAGGACGCCGCCGCCGCCGCCGCCUUCAAUAGAAACAGAAACGGGAUCAUGGGACCUUCUCCCAUCCCGUUGGCCGUCCUGGGUGGCUCACCCAUCAACGGGCGAAUGUCCCGCUUCAGCGAGGACCUCGGGGAAGACGCGGCCGGCCCCAACAGCAGCAGCAGGAGUAGACCCGGGAUCACUAUCGUCGAGAACCCGGCCCCAAGACCAACUGAGCGACAACCUCCCUCGCGGGCACCGAGCCCAUAUAUCGCCAGGCCGCCAAUUGCCAUGGGCGGCACGUCGGGGGAGGCAGAAGACGCCGGCAGUUGGAGCACGCCGGACCAGGACCGGGAUCAGGAGUGGGAACAGGCACGUUUAGACGCCUCCCAGGGCGGGAGCGGCUGGGCAAAGGCGUUUGACGGCCUCCGGCGCGAAUGCGAGCGGGCGUUCGCAGGCCUGUUUGACCGGCUUCGACCGGCUCAACGACAUCGCCGUCGAUUUCUUGGUCGUCGCGUGGACCGCUGUGGACUACGGCUGCACCACCAACAACACGACCCCCAGACAUGA